AUGAAGACCUUCACCCUCACAGCAAUCAUAGCAAUCACCCUGACCCUCACCACAACCUCAGGGGCGCCGCAGGGAGCAGGCACCGGGAUAAACCUUCGACUGACGGACAUUGUAAGAGAGAUGCGGGACAAGGGCGAGGUGGAGAGGCAGGUAGCGUGCAUCGUGGGGCAGGGAAGGUGCAACGAGAGAGGGAGGCAGCUGAAAGACUACAUUCCAAGCUUGUCAACAGGCGGGAGGUGUUUUAGAUGCACCAGGAAUGAAGAGAGGAAGUUGAAAUUGAUUGUUUCCACCCUCCAGACGCGUUACCCUGCUUGUUGGCACGUGGUGGUGGCCGUGCUGGAGAGAAAGGUGUCCCCUGUCCCCCGUGCCCGUGGUUGUGCAUAG